UGGAGCACUAUGAGCUGGGAACUCCUGUGGCGAUCUGUGGUGACUUUCUGGAUAUAUUAGAGAAGCAUGGCGUGGAUUGUGGAACCUUGCGGGGUCCUGAAGAAGAGACAGCUGGAGUUGGACAGCUGCUGUCCUCAGUACAGCCCCAUCCUGGUGAUGGGGAACAGCAACAAGAGUCUGAUCCAACUCCUAGUGAUAAAGAAGAGACAAACAGGGAAGAACGAGGACACAAGCAACUCCUUCCACACAACUUUCCAGCCAGUGCUAGCAAUCUUUGGCGAGCAAACCAUUUUAACGACUGUUCUGAGAUUCAUACUGAUCAAGCAAUGUUUGGUUCAAUAUCUAGUGGGGUGUUUUCCAUCAAACCUGCCCAUGUUAAUGACCCAAUCUCUGUAUACUGUGAUCAGACCACAGAUGGGGGAGGGUGGACGGUCAUACAGAGGAGGUUUGACGGGUCUCUCGAGUUUUUCCGUCGUUUCGAUGCUUACCGAGAUGGGUUUGGAGACUCUAGUGGUGAGCAUUGGCUAGGGUUAGACGAUAUCUACCGAAUCACGGCCCAGAACUCGUAUGAGUUGUACAUAGAGCUGGAAGACUGGUCUGGGAAUGUGAAGUUUGCUCGAUACUCCAGCUUCUCAGUCGGUCCGUGUUGUGAUUACACCCUGAGUGUGGGAGGGUACAGUGGGACAGCUGGGGAUGGGUUUGGGAUAUCAGAUUUCUUAUCUACCAACAAUGGUGAAAAGUUCAGCACCCGUUGGUUCGACCGAGACACUUACUCCUCGGAUUCACUGGCAGAACUUUACGGUGGUGGCUGGUGGUUCGGUAGUUACAGCUACAGUAACCUGAACGGUCCGUACUUCCGAGACACUGACGGGUUCAACAGUAGCAAUGGUGUGGGCGUCCGAUGGGUUCCUUUCAACAAUAACUGGUACUAUUCUCUUAAAAAGACCAAAAUGAUGGUCCGUCCCAAUAACUUCAGUACCAAGGUGCCAAACAUGAGGCUACCUGUUGGAAAGUAACAUAAAAACAAUAGCUAUAAUGACAUGCGGUAAACUUAGUUUUACGUGCAAGGUCACAAAAUGUAUAGACAUCUCCGUUUCUAUAGCCCUUGUGCCACAAAUUAGUCUUCAAUACCCAUACAUAAUUCACCAGGACCAUUUUGUAACAUAGGAAGCUGUCUAAUACAAGAUCUCGGUUUACAAGUUAAACAUACAUUCCCCAAUAGGACUUGUCUGUAUUGCCUAUGAUUGUUUGGGUCACAUCAAGACAGUGCAGUAUGUUGUUAGCAUGAUCAUUCCUUUGUAUAAGUUGCUUCUUCAACUAUAAAGUUGACAUCAUUCAAGCAGUGUUCUUCCAAAUGUAGAAAGGGAUUCUAAACUUUACUGUAUGACCGCAUACCCCACAAAACUAUUUAAACACCAGUUGCGUGAGAAUUUCACCAUCUGGUGAACAUGUACAUUUGUACAGUAGUUGUUAUUCACUCAGACAGCAGCCCUACAAGAUGUGGUUCCUCCAUGUGUUUGUGGUGACCGCAGUUCUUCAGUGGUCAGUAGUGACCGGGGAAGGCCAGACUAACCAGUUCACCCUGUCACUGUGCAGGGUUUGGGAGGAGUGCAUUGAGACAGCUACUGAGAACAACUUGGAGAACUCUGAGCUGGGAACUCCUGAAGCGAUCUGUGGUGACUUUCUGAAUAUGUUAGAGAAGCAUGGUGUGGAUUGUGG